GGCUAUCUCGACGUAUGGAAUCCGAUCUCCUUAUAUUCCAGGGCGCCAACCGUGCAUAGAUUGCGAGACCGAGGUGAAUUUACUGACCUUGUGUUUAAUCAUGACGUUGAAAGCUUCAAUGUUCAUCGUAUCGUCGUUUGUCCUCAGUCCAAAGUCUUCUACAAAGCAUGCACUGGAGGAUUCAAGGAAAAUUUUACUGUCGUCAUUGAAAUGGGGCAUGUGUCUCACGUAGAGUUGAAGAAAAUGGUUAGUUUCUUCUACGAUAUGGACUAUGACGACAACCUGCCAGAGGAGACGGACAUAUCCUUGCUCCAGCUCCAUGCUCGAAUGUUUGCACUAGCAGAUGAGUAUGACAUUCAGGGUUUGAGUACUAUAGCUCAGGAGAAGUACUCUUCAAGGUGCGCCGUUUGGAGGCCAAGAGAGUUCCUAGAAUCUAUUCACGACGUGUACGGAAGGACCCCUACCACCACCCGACAGCUGCGCGAUGCGGCCUGCAUGGCAAUCCGCAAGAAUUUGCCAAAAAUGCUGGAGGAUGAGGGCAUUGCAGGGUUUUAUGAAGAGAUUCUCACUGAAAUACCCGAGUUUACGAAGGGUUUGUUAAGGAGUUACGUUGAGGCCCCUUUCUAUAGAGAGUGCAUUUCAUGUAGCUCGAACCAGCCAAUGGAAGCCCUUCAAGCAAGGUGCAAGAAAUGUGGGAAGGGUAAUUCAGGCUUCCACUGGUACUAGUGCUGUGCAAAGUGGUCUUUCCAAAGAAGAAGAGUA